ACGACCGGGGCGAGCGACUGUGUUCCGGUCGACAGCGGACUCCGCUUCCUCCUUCCUGCACGGGGGAGCCUGCUUCCCUCUUGUAGUCUUUGCCUAGCCUGUCAGCCAAAACAAAGCCGCGUCCUUUGUGGGCGGGGAGGAACAAGACCUUUUGGGCUCAACUGGUAGAAGCUGGAUGUUACAUUCUUGAAGUUACAUGCUAAUUACCUUAAUGUGAAAAAACGAUGGAAGAGUUAGCACCACAGAAGCUUGGUGCCUUGAAGAGAAGUGUAUGGAACCAAAUAGAAAAGAAGCCUGGAAGUAACUCAUCAUCUUCAACCAUGAAGGAUGCAGUAAUUAUUUGAACUGUGCCCGUUAAUGGGUACACGUGUGUGUACUUUGUCAAAAAUGGAAUAAAAGGGCUUGAUUGCUUCUGUUGGAUUUUUGUGGUUUUCAAGCUGGCCUAGAGAAAAGAGGACCUGAAUUUGACGAUGGACCAGCCAGUGGCAUUUGUGAUCUCUAUACUGUAGUAGUGUACUGGCCACCAUGAAUGUGAAUCUGCUCCACAGUGACUUCUUGGACCACUAUACUAUAGCGGAAACUGGCAGACAGCAAGCAGAUGGUCUGGAGAAUCAGGAUGAUACCCAGCAAGAAGAUACAGAAAUAUUUUGUGACAGAUGUACCAAAAGCAGCUCUGGAAAUGAAUUUAAUGGGUUGGCGUUCAAUGAGGCCGAUUCUCACAGCCCUGAGUCUCAUGACAGCUCAGUCAAAAACACCAGAGUUCAACACAAAUCCCACAGCAGGAGUAACAGUGAGCAACUAAAAUGUAGUCAAAGUCAUGAGAAACUUAUGAUGGUGAUCCGGGAAAUGAAGCAGUAUCUCCCGACAGAGAAGGUGGAGAGUUGCAUCAAGACCAGCACCCUCAGUGCACUCAAUUAUGCUUCAAAGUGUGUCCAACGAGUCCAGAACAGCAAGGCUUUUCGGUUUUGGGGAGAAUGUGGAUUAUAUCAGACAGAUGCCAGCGUGUACAGCAUUGAGGAGUUGGCAGCAGUUACAUCUGAACACACUCCAAAAAAUACAGACACCUUUGUAGCUGUUUUCUCCUUGGUGUCUGGGAAAGUGGUGCAUGUCUCUGAGCAAGCGGCCUCCAUUCUGAGUUGUAAGAAGAGGCUCUUAGAUUCUUCUUGCUUUGCGGAGUUGCUGGCUCCUCAGGAUGUAGGCGUCUUCUAUACUCAUACCAGUCAGUUUGUGCUGCCGCUUUGGAACAUGGAAGCCAAAACAGCAUCUGUUUUUGAAUAUGCACAAGUGAAGUCCUUUUUCUGCAGAAUCAGGGCGGGUAAAGACCAAGAGAAGCGCUACUGCCCUUGCCGGAUCACCCCUUAUUUGGUUAAUGUCUGUUAUCAGAAUCAGAGUGAGCCAGAGUCCUGCUGCCUUGCUGUCACUGAAAAAAUUCACUCUGGAUAUGAAGCUCCUCGAAUACCAUUGGAGAAAAGAAUCUUCACCACUGCCCACGCUCCAGACUGUGCAUUUCUAGAGACUGAUGACAGAGUUGUUCCUCUGUUGGGAUUCCUGCCCCAGGACUUGAUUGGAACAUCUAUCUUGAUGCAUCUCCAUCCUGAAGAUCGCCCUUUGAUGCUUGCAGUCCAUCGCAAAGUUCUGAAGUUUGCAGGUCAGUCUCCCUUUGAACACUCACCCAUCAGAUUUUGUACUCAGAAUGGUGACUGCAUCUCUGUGGACACCAGCUGGUCCAGCUUUGUGAAUCCGUGGAGCAGGAAGGUUGUGUUUAUCAUUGGACGACACAAAGUCAGAACGAGCCCUCUGAAUGAAGAUGUCUUUGCCCCAAGAAGCAGAGAGCAGAAUGGUGAUGACAAAGAGACAAGGGAGUUGCAAGGGCAGAUCUACAGGCUGCUUCUGCAGCCGGUUCAUAGCAAUGGUUCAAGUGGUUAUGGAAGCCUUGUUAGCAAUGGGUCUUACGAACAUUACAUCAGCGUAACGUCUUCCAGUGAUUCCAAUGCGAACUGUGUGGAGGAAACACAGAAGGAAUCAAAGGCUUGUGUGGACAUCAACAAACUAAAGAAUGUGGGUCAGCAGCUGUACAUUGAGUCACACAGUGAGCAUCUGAAGAAGAGAGGAAGAGCUUCAGGUCCUGAGAUGCCAAGAGGCAAACAGCACACAUCUUCUGGUUCGCCUUAUGCUGUGAGCGGUGAUAGUACCAGAGAUGCACCUGUUGUGCACUAUGGUGGUUCUAGAGAUGCUCAUCAUAUUCUGUCCUAUCAGCAAAUUAACUGCAUGGACAGCAUUAUCAGGUACCUGGAGAGUUGGAGUGUUCCUGCACUGAAAAGAAAAUGCGAAUCUGCAAACGUUUCCUCUUCAACUUCAGAUGAUGACAGACCAGCUCAGCUAAUCCAGAAUGAAGCACAGGCCAUCGAAGAUGCCGCCAGAUUCUCCUCCGUUGCUUCCCAGCCACCGACAAUGCCCAUGCCAAGAGAGGCCCCAGAGCCGCAGGCAUCCAUAACCAUGGCAGGUCCUCCAAUGACAGACAUGGCCGUGACCACCAAGGCCUUGAGUGUGGUGUCCAUUACCAGCCAGUGCAGCUACAGCAGCACCCUUGUGCAUGUUCCACACCCGGAGUCUGAAGCGACUGCCAUAAAAGAGGCCACUCCACAGAGUGAACAAGCAGAGCUUUCCCCUACCAGCGCUCCAGCUGCAGCCCUUGAGGAAAUCAAACUGGUCGGGCUGACCAAGGAGGUCUUGUCGGCCCACACUCAGAAGGAGGAGCAGAACUAUGUGGAUCAGUUCCGCCGGAAGAUGCUCUUGCCCCACUACAGGCCUUACCUCCAACAAGGACAGGUCGGAAGCAACCAAGCUAGUUCACCUAACCAAGGAGAUUUCUCUUUCAAACAGACCAGCCCAGUAAACUGCAAAAGAAAUAAACAGAAAAAAAUCAAAUGCCCCAAACCGCUGGAGUCUUCCAAUAAAAACUUGGCCAAUAAAAAUGGGAACCAUGGGAAGAGAACCACUGCUCAGAAGCCAUUCUGCGCUCCUUCAGAAGGAUCCCGGCCUGGCCCUUCCAGUGUGAUCCACCCUGUCGAUCCUCACUUGAUGUCAGGCUUUCCCUUGGCGUCUUUGGGAGGGGACCACACCUGGCCUUCAGGAGGGGCAGCCCCAUUUGCCCCAUUGCUUGUACCCAUACAGCCCAUCCCAGCAUUUCCUGCUCCAUAUACGGGUGGCUUCAUGGCUGUGCGGCUUCAUAGCUUUCCGGUGUCGACUCCACUCCCUCAGCCUUUCUUCCAAGCUCAGGAGGACCCUUCAGCUUCUAACUCCUACAACCCCAUGAUGCCCCCAGGCCCUCCUUCCACAAUGCCCACAUCUGCAGCACCAGAUCCUCUGGAGCCCAUUUCACCAACUGCCACAUUUUUGUCUACUGAGGGAGAGCAACAAGAGGUCUGUGACAGGCAGACCCCGCUAUUCAGUAACUCGCGGAGCAGCUCCCCGCUGCAGCUGGACCUGCUUCAAGAAGAGAUGCCCAAACCGUUGGAGCUGCCCUGCCUGGUGCCAGACAAGACGCUCAUGGAGACCAAAUGUGAUCAGGAUGGGGAGGAUAGCGGCAACAACGAUGACCACUCUGUUUCCAGUGAACUGUACGACCUCCCAGGCAGUGGAAACAGCAGCAAAUAUUUUGCCAGCAGUGAUUCCUCUGAAGUCUCCAAAAGAGGGAAGAGAAGCGGAGAGGAAGCCAGACAAGGAGAAUCUUGUCAGCCAACCAGGAUUAAAGAGGAAGUGUUGAAAGGGGACCUGGAAAGGCUGGCUGCCAUGACUAAGCAACAGCCCCGGUUCACGAAAGGGCAGAAGGAGGAGCUGGCUGAGGCGCAUCCGUGGAUUCGCACCCAGACUAUCCCACAAGAAAUAAACAUGCAAGGCUGUAUCACAUGUGAUAGCAGGAAUACCAGCUGCAAGGUUGUCGCACCUAUUGAUGAAGAUACCUAACAGAAAGGUGGCAAAGAAUACCUCCGUUGCAGUAUGCCUGCAUCACUGACAGUGACCUUAGCCUUUGGAUGCUGGGUGCCCCACAGUGUUUCCCCUCGACUUGGCAACAGACGGAUUCCAAAGUCACUUUUUCCCUCUUCCAGCUUUUUUCCAAUUUGAAACUGUCAUAAAUAAUAUUUGGUUACAUGUUCAGGGUGGUACAGUGAAGCACAUGCUAUAAAUUAAUAGCUGAUGCUCACCUCAGCUUGUACAGCAUUGCCACAAAAGGCUGGGUAGCCCAAGUACCUUUUUCCAUCCAGCUCCAAACUGCCCUAAACUGAAGCAUUCUUUGUGCCCGUAGUUAUUAUAUGCCAGGGUGAAAGCUCACUCAGUUGUUCGCUUCCCUCUUGGCUCUAAGCACGCUUUGUUCCAUGCUUGUAUUCUUUAUCUAGACUAGAACUGGCCAGCCCCCUGGUUCAAAUCAAACCAGGUUCAAAUCAAAUUUAUUAAGAACAGUC